AUGGCAAAGUCAAUGAGUCUCCUGUGGGGGGCUGGAUCCCCUCCCUGCUGGCGAGUUAUGAUCGCUCUGGAGGAAAAGAAGCUGCAGGGCUACAAACACAAGCUACUGUCCUUUGAGAAAGAACAGCACAAAUCUCAGGAAGUCUUGGAAAUCAACCCAAGAGGACAGCUCCCUGCCUUCAAACAUGGAGACAACAUACUGAAUGAGUCCAGUGCUGCAUGUUUAUACCUGGAGAAUCAGUUCAAGUUGCAGGGCAACAAGCUGAUCCCUGACAGUCCUGCAGAGCAAGCAAUGAUGUUCCAACGCAUGAUGGAGGGUCUCACCCUCACUGAUAAACUCAAUUCAGUCAUCUACUAUGACUGGUUUGUCCCUGAAGAAGAGAGACAUGAUGCUGCUAUGAAGAGGAACAGGGAAGCUCUGGCUGCUGAACUCAAACUGUGGGAGGGUUAUCUGCAGAAGGUGGGUGCUGGCUCGUACCUGGCGGGAGCGUUCUCAUUGGCUGAUGUGAUUGUCUUUCCAAACAUUGCUUAUGCUUUUCGUUUUGGGCUGUCGGUUGGACGCUACCCCAAACUGGCCAAAUACUACAGCCUGUUGAAGGACAGACCCAGCAUUAAAACCAGCUGGCCCCAACACUGGCUGUCCAGCCCACAGGGUUAUGAUGUCCUGAAGGACCUCUGA